ACCAUUAUUUUAGAAUAUAUUUUAUAUUUUGGAAAUUAAAAGUAUAAAUUAGACCAAAGAAAUUAAGAUGGAAUGACGUAGUACGUAUUGGCAUGUCAAUCAAAGGUCUCUCACAGUUGAUUGGCUGCGCAGAGUUUUGUUAGGCGCGUCGCUAGGAUACAGCGGACAAGACUUUCCCGGACUACAAGUACAUUUAUUGAUAUGUAUUGAAUGGUUUUGAUGUAGUUUUGUAUAAAUACGCAUAAAAUGUCCGAUAACGAGGAAGGACAAGGGCCGAAGAGUACCUUUAGCACCUAUGUAGCUGAAGGUGACCAGCUGUUCCAGAGGGGAGAGUAUGUCAAAGCUAUUGAGAGCUUUUCCACGGCUUUAAGUUUACAGCCGGAUGAUAAGAACUGUCUGGUCGCUAGAUCCAGGUGUUAUUUGAAACUAGGGGAUGCAGAGAGCGCGCUGAAAGAUGCCGAGACCUCCCUCAAAGACAACAAAGACUUCUUCAAGGGUCUGUAUCAGAAAGCAGAAGCUCUCUACACUAUGGGCGAUUUUGAGUUUGCAUUGGUCUACUAUCACCGAGGCAAUAAGCUGCGUCCAGAGCUGCAGGAGUUCAGGCUGGGAAUCCAGAAAGCUCAAGAGGCAAUCGUCAACUCAGUGGGCAGUCCUUCCUCUGUGAAGCUGGAAAAUAAAGGAGACUUGUCUUUCUUCCACAAAUCUAAUGGGGUUCGUUCCAAGCAUUUGAAUCAUUCUCAUAAGAGGGAAUCCAAAAAGCAUGGCCAGAAGAUGGGCAGAAAUGAAAAAACAGCCAAGGAACUUCUGGGAGAGCUAUACAGUGACAGAGAAUACUUAGAGAAACUUCUACAAGAUGAGGAUCUUAUAAAAGGUAAGAUACGAACUGGAGAGCGUGUGCAAGAUCUGAUCGUAGGCUGUAUCUCAUAUCUGGACACGCGGACGGCAUUCUGGCAGCAGCAGAAGCCCAUCUACGCUCGUCAGCGAGACAGAAAACUCAUGCAGCAGCAGUGGAACCGACUUCUUCACAAGCCUCCCUCAGACCCCACUCGAUACGUCCUCGACAGUCUGGAGGAGAUUGACACAGCCUUGAGUUCUGGCAACACAGAUAGCGGUCUGAAGAAGGCCCGUGAGCUCAUGAAGGUGGUGAAGGAAUGGUCUGGAGAAGUGCUGCCCAAUAAGAGAGAAGUGCUUGGGAACCUCCACAGCUGCAUUGGCAAUGCACUGAUGGAUCUUGGGAAUAUGGACAAGGCUCUGCAUCAUCAUGAGAAGGAUCUGGAGAUGGCCAAGAAAGGCGACCUGAUGGACAGUAAAUCCAGGGCUCUGGACAACAUUGGCCGUGUGUACGCACGGAUCGGCAAGUUUCAACAAGCUAUAGAAGUAUGGGAGGAGAAGUUGCCUCUAGCAUGUGGUGGGUUAGAAAAAGCCUGGUUGUUCCAUGAGAUCGGCCGAUGUUACCUAGAGCUGAAACUCUACAGGGAAGCACGAGACUAUGGCUCCCGCUCGCUCAUGGCUGCAGAUGAAAUCAGCGAUGAAAAAUGGCAGCUCAAUGCCAGUGUGCUCAUGGCGCAGGCAGAAUUGAAGCUGGGUAACUACAAGGCCUGUGUGUCACACUUUGAGAGGGCACUGGACCGGGCAAAACUGUUGCAGGAUGACUCUGCCAGCGAAGCCAUCCAGAAGGCUCUUCGUGAAGCAAGACACAGAGUGACUCAGUAAAAUGAGAAACCCCUCUGAAUAAAAUGGCUGCAAUCAACUUCCAUCUACCUACAAGACAAGUCAGAACUAAUGCAUCCCUACUAGUGGAAUAAAGUUUGCCUGAGGAACUUUGUGCUGGAUUGCAGUCAGUGUUAUUGGUGAAGAAUUACUUUAUGACUGCCUUUUCUGUGCUUGUUUCCAUAUGGGUAAAAUGAUGUUUUGCAUAGUUUUACAUAAACUGUCACAGUUUCAGAGGUAUAACAAAUCGUGUUAUAUUUGUGAUGCAGUGUCCAAGUGAUGUUGCCCAGAUACUGUUAAUGUUUUCCAAUAGACCCACACAUGCUGUGACCUUCUGUUGACAUAGAGAAAUACUCUUUUAAUUCAUAAUCCAACCAUAAAGGUUUGAAUUGAAAAUCAUUAAAAUGAGUUUUGACCUCUAAUUUUACACUCCACCUAUUGAGUCGAAAUUGACUUUAUGUGCUCAACAAAACUGAACAGAAGUAUAAGCCCUGUCAGAAUG